AUGGGCAAUCUUUCGCAUCAAAGUUUUGUCCCUCCGACGACCCAGAAGGCCAUUGUUGUUAAUGGCAAAGAUGAGGUCGUCAUUUGGGAUGAGGCACCAUGUCCCAAGAUCCCAGCGGACCAAGUCAUGGUUCGCGUUGAGGCCGUUGGCCUCAACCCGAGUGAUACCAAGAUGAGGGGGGCCUUUGCGACAAAGUUCGGCAUCUUAGGUGCAGAUUUUGCGGGAACUGUGGUCGCUGUAGGAGAUGAUGUUGACAACAUCACGGUUGGCGACAGGGUCUUUGGUGCCCAGAACGAGAUGUACGGAACCACACCUGAGCGUGGUGCGUUCUGCGAGUACGCCGUGACCCGUGGUAAGAUGUGGACAAAGGUCCCGGAGUCUUGGAGCACUGAAGCUGCUGCAUCUCUGCCUGUAGGCGUGAGCACCGCCGGAAUCGCCAUGAAGCUACUUGGCUUGCCUCUGCCUGGUCAAGAAGUUGCGAAGCCUGCCCAUGUCUUGGUGUAUGGGGCCAGUACUGCAACUGCGACGAUUGCCAUGCAAAUGCUGAAACUGUAA